AGCUCUCAUUACAAAACAGUUUGCAAAACUUCCCUAUCCAAACUUUUACGAUAAUCAUGGGUGGAAACUACAAGUUGGUUGUUGUUUUGGUGGUGGCACUGGUUGUGUUGCUUGAAGGGUCGACAGUGUCGAGCUUGUGCAACAUGACUGAUGAAGGUAUCGCCGAUUGCAAGCCGUCGGUUACGAAGACGAAUCCAACUCCGCCAACUCCUGAGUGUUGUGAGGCUCUCAAGGGAGCUGACUUGAAAUGCUUGUGUGGUUACAAGAACUCGUUUCUGUUGCCUUCUCUCGGUAUCGACCCCACUCUUGCCAUGGCUCUACCCGCUAAGUGCAACCUCACCCCUCCUAACGAUUGCUAAUUAAGCUUCUCUUUAAAAGCUCAAGGGGGCCAUAUUUAAGCGUUGUUUUGAAUCAUGUUCCUGUCGUGCCAUAUGGUGAUUUCGUUAAGCUUGUGCCAUGCUGCUUCUUCUUCUUCUUUUUCUUUCUUGUGGUAUUACUAUGUGUAAUGAACUUUAAUAUCAUGUCUGAUCUCAAUCGUUUAAGAGAAUGAAUAUGAAGUCAUCAAAA